AUAAAUUUUACCUUUUGUUUUUGGUCAAAUAUAUAUUUUAUUAUUUCAGCCGUGAUUGUAUUUUCACAGUUUGGGGUUAGCCAAUAGGCGGCGUCCCAGUAGAACUUGCUUCUUUCAUCCGCCGGCGUUAAGCCCUACUAUUUGCCAACCCCGCCGCGCCGACGAUUGCAAUCACCGUGGUAGUACCAUGGCCACUAUUUCCUCCGCCACUUCACUAUCACCCCAAUAAACGUUGGACAAUCCAUUCGACACAAAUUCCGAACCACAACAACAAUGCUAACACUCAGAUACGCGAGGCAAACCCGAGCCUUCCUCUCCCCUCCUUCCGCCGCCGCCGCCGCCAAUGCCACCGCAACGUUAUUCCUCUUCUCCUCCUCCGCUACAGAGAUUUACCCUUCUUCUCCUUCCGCAUCGACUAAUUCAAUCACAUCGAAUGGUUCCCAAUCCGAGAUGCAUCGGAACGACAUCGUUUGCUACUUCCGAGAAUGGUUCAUGUCUCGAAAGAAACCCCUUUUCGACAGCAUCUACGAAAUCCUCCGCACUCACGACGGGGCCGCCGCCGACAUAGCUCUUUCUCGCUUCAAUCUCCACCUCUCCGAAACCCUAAUUCUCGAUGUAUUGAAUUACGAGAAAAAGGACGUGCUCUCCUGCUUGAAAUUCUUCGAUUGGGCUGGUCGGCAGCCAGGUUUUCACCACACUAGAGCUACGUUUACUGCCAUUUUUCGCAUCCUAUCCAAAGCGAAGCUAAUGAGCUUAAUGUUCGAAUUUUUGCAGAACUACAUGAAACAGAGGUAUGUUCAUAAGGUCAGAUAUUACAAUAUCCUAGUCAUUGGUUAUGCUGUAGCUGGAAAACCCGAGACUGCACUCCAACUGUUUGGUAGAAUGCGAUUCGUGGGUGUGGACUUGGAUGCAUUUGCGUACCACGUGCUUAUGAACUCGCUCGUUGAGCAGGGUUAUUAUGAUGUGGUGGAGACUCUGGCGAAAGAGAUUAGAGUCCGGGGGUUUCAAAACGAGGUCACACAUUCGAUUAUGAUUAAAAGUUUCUGUAAGCAGAACGAGUUAGAGAAGGGCGCGGAAUAUUUACACAGUCUCGUGCAGGAUGAUGGGGAGCAGUUGAGUGGAAUUGCCGUGGGCACAUAUGUGGACGCCUUGUGUAAGGAUAAUCAAUUUGAGAGAGCUGCAUUAUUAGUUGAGGAGUUUCGAAAAAUGGGAUUGGUUUCAAUGGAGCAUGCCUACGGUAUGUGGAUUAGGGACCUUGUCAAGGCUGGGAAGUUGGACGGUGCUUUGGAGUUUUUGAAGGAUAAGCAGGCGAUUGAAGGGUAUGUUCCCGAUGUAUUUCGUUACAACAUGUUGAUUUGCAGGCUUUUGAGGGAGAAUAGGUUUGAGGAGGUUUAUGACAUGUUAGAAGACAUGAAAGAAAAGGAGGUGUUGCCAGAUGAUGUUACAAUGAAUGCUAUCUUGUGUUUUUUAUGCAAGGCGGGAAGAAUGGACAUUGCCAUGGACUUGUACGAUUCAAGCAAGGAGUUUGGCCUCUCUGUUAAUUGUAUGGCUUAUAAUUAUCUUAUAAAUACUCUCUUGGGAGAUGUCAGUGUUGAUGAAGCUUAUCGUGUGCUGAGGAACUCAAUAGAGCAGGGUUAUUUACCUGGGCAAAAGACCAUUUCCUUCAUCACCGAUGUUCUGUGCAGAGAAGGAAAGCUCGAUAAGUUGAAGGAGUUGGUUCUUUUUACGUUAGACCACAAUGUCAUGCCCAAUGACUUGGCGUAUGACAAGUUCAUAUCGGCUCUUUGCAGGGCCAGGAAAGUUGAAGAAGGGUACAUGGUACACGGUUUGCUGAACACGUUAAAUAAAUCGGCUCGGAAGAGUACUUACAUGGACCUGAUCAGCGGAUUUAGCAAGUCAAGUAGAGGAGAUAUUGCGGGUAGAUUACUCAUUGAAAUGCAGGAAAAGGGUUAUAGCCCAAGCAGGAGAUUGGUGAGAGAGGUAAUAGGUUGCUUAUGUAAAACAGAUAAUCCAGAGAAUCAAUUUUUCAGAUUGCUCGAGAUGCAGCUUUCCCGCUAUCGAAUGUCCGCAUCUGUUAUUUACAAUUUCUUCAUCGAUGGAGCUGGUCAUGCGCGUAAGCCUGAACUGGCAAGACAAGUAUAUGAAAUGAUGAAAAGAAGUGGUAUUAAACCAGACUUAAGGUCUGACAUCCUAGUAUUGCGAAGUUAUCUGAAUGGCAACAGAACUGCUCAGGCUUUAAAUUUAUUCCGUGAUUUGUCGAUGACAAGCUCUAAGAAGAAAUUGUGGCAUACCAUGAUUAUUGGUCUUUGCAAAGCCAAAAAGGCAGUGUAUGCAUCGCAGGUAAUGGAUAAUAUGAAGGCACACAAUUUGAUACCGAGUAUAGAAUGCUACGAGGAGCUUAUAAAGCUUUAUUGUGAUCUGGGGCAAUAUUACAAAGCAAUAGAUAUUGUCAAUGAUAUGACUCAAAUUGGUCGUCCUAUCUCUUCCUUCGUGGGGAAUGUGUUUCUAUUGCAUGCAUUAAAAAGUAGAAAACUGUACAAUGAUUGGUCUUAUUUAAGUCACGAUCAAAAUCUAACACCUGCUUGUUGGAUGUUGGGCCAUGUAAUUGGUGUGUUUUCUGGUUCUAUUGAAGGAUACCAUGAAGACGAGGAGUUGGAGAAACUGAUUCAACAGUGCUUCCGAAUAGAUAUUUACACAAACAACAUGCUUUUGAGAAGAUUAAGCAAUUUGGGGAUCGAUCGUGCUUGUAAAUUUUACGAUAGAUUGCGUGAAAAAGGGUACGAGCCAAAUAGAUGGACUUAUGAUAUAAUUGUCCAUGGUUUAGCCAAAGAUGGCCGCACAGCAGAGGCUAGAGUAUGGGUGGAAGAGAUGUUCCGUAAGGGUUUUGGCCUAACUGAGGUCACCCAAAAAAUUAUUUAACAUAGAUAAAAAAGUCAAACUGUUUCUUUGGAAGGGUAUACUGGACCACUGUGUGGCUUUCGAGAAAGCUCGGUGAGUUGUUCACUUGAUUUCCUAUUCGAAUUUUAUUAUGGAGAAGGCAAUACAGCUCUGGGGGAGGUAGAAUGCAGAUGCUGCUGUUCCGUGAUCUGGAAUUAUGUGGAGAGAGUCGGAAUCAGACUUGUAAAUAAUUCGAUCUGCGUAGAUUCAUGUGGCUACAAAUUUUCGUCCAUGAGAUUAGCGGGCACGAUGGUCGUUGGUCGAUUUUCGUCGUUUCCUGCAAGGAACAACAUCUCUGCUUCUGCUCCUGAGCUGACCUGGCCGCCAUACCUUCCAGAUUGUAAGAGAUGAUUGGACAGACUUGUGUGAAGGAAUUAGCCAAGUUUGCGAAACAAGUCUUCUACAUUACCGUUGUAGGGCAUCAAAACGAAGAUCCUUCCCCUUGUUUGCUUCACCCGACUUUCGUAUGUACAGCUGAUGCCUAAAAUUUUGAAACAUCAAAGAGCUGGGAGUUUUAAGAGGAGCCUAUAGACAAACAUGGACAUAUUACCAGUUACCAGUUAUUUAUUUAAUCGAUUUUUUUUUAUUUUUUUUUGGUGACAUUCAGGUUACGAUAAAUAAUAUCUUACAGAUGGUUCAGCAAAAUUAGCAGUAAUCACGCCGUCGGGUUAUGUCCAGAUCCCAGUUUUGUAUUAGCUGACUGAGAAAUUGAACUAAAAUUUUGGAAUUCGAUAAAUUUCAAUUUGAAA